AUGAUGGAAGUUUGGCUGUUUUCACUGAGCCGGAUCGUUUCGACUCGUUCAGUCAAAAGAACGAAUCUUCGACUAAUUUCAUUCAUUUGAGUCAGUAUUGACCAGAGCACGAAGGAACACUUAUCUUUCGCGAACCGUAGCACCCCAAACGAUUCGUUUUCGAGUUUGUUAAUCAGAGGUUCUGGAGGCCUAUGUUUUUUGUUUCUUUUUCUUCUCUAUGCAUGACCUAAUUUGCCUGCGCGCAUAUAUGACUGACAGUUGUUGGUCGGGGCACGUCUCCAGAGUCACCGGAGAUGCCCGUUUUAAUCCUGAUCAAUCAGAAAAAUGAAUCAUGACUCUCGAUUCAGUAAGAGUUGUUCAAAAAUAACAAAUCGUCCGCGAACUGCGCAUCCCUAAUAAAGAACUGAGGUUGUGAUUGCUCUGAGCAUGUGACAUUUCAGGAUUUUGUUGCGGCAGCAAACAAAUAUUAUACAUUUUUGCUAAACAAAUUGAACUUCAACUGUGGAGUUUAAAAAGUGUUCUAGGUCUGCUUCUUAACGGAAUUACUUUUGUUUUCACUUUGUACCUACCUACGAUGCUUCAAAAGUCGCUCAAGCUGAUUUACCAUGCCAGGUGAGGAGUCUAGCCAAGAAAAAGGAGGCAGAUGCUGAAGACGUGCCUAAUUUCUUCUGCUGCUUUCCAGGACACACAAGAAAGAGGCUGCAUAGUAAGUCACCAGGAAGAUAGAACGUUUUACCCUUCUUCCAAAAAGUGUGGAGUCUACUGGCUAAGAAGGAGGCACAUAGCUGGAGUCUUGACUCAUCUCUACUUCUGCUUCCCAGGACACACAGGGGAUAUACUGUGUCACAAAGAAGGCUGCAGAUGACAUGGACAAGAGGCUGAACCCCAAAACAAUGGAGGAUUUUAAACUAAUUCUCCUAAUUUAAGCUAUUUUCCCACUGAUCUGAAGCUCCUGCGACAGAGUGGGCCCAUGCCAUGUUGAGGAGACAGAGAACUAGCUCUCUUCUGAACGCUUUGCUGUGGUUUCUCUUCUUCAUCGCCAUGACAAUGAAACAGGCUUAUGGACAAUCCAUUAGCAGUUCAGAAAUUCACCAAAUUGUGCAAACAUUUAUUAAGGAGGAAGUUCACAAGAUGGAAUCAUUUGAUUGCAGACUGUACACCCCAACUUUAGCUGAUUAUAAGAAAUGUCCCAGGUCCACACUCACAUGCUUUACGACAGAAGUAAAAGUCCUGAUGUUAGAAUAUGGGAAACGUUCUUCAUCCUUACACCAGAAAAGACUCACCAAACGACUGACUAAAUUGAUGUCCUUGAUAAAACAGGAGGAUGGUGCCAACUGUCCACACUGUGAGGUCCACAGAGAGCAGGCAGCAAAUGAUUUCUUAACAACAUUACUAGGGAUUCUGGAGUGGAUGAACAAUCAGGGGUCUCAGUUGCCAGACAGCCACUGAGAUGUACACACCCAUAGCCAGGGACAUCCAAGGACUCACAUAAGAGCAGAAAGCUACCUGAACAAUUGCUAGAUGUAGCAAAAUACUAUAUACACUACCAAGUUUGGGGUCACUUAGAAAUAUCCUUGUUUUUGAAAGAAAAGCACACACAACAGCUGGUGCAUGAAAUCUAAGGAAGUCUCUAGA